AGCUGCGCGCGCACUCGCUGCUCUCUUUUGUGUGACGUUGUGUUGAUUCGCAUCUACGCUCUCCUUCAUCCUCACGUGGCCGCUUCCAUCAAAUGCAGGUGACACCACGUUGAGGUGACACAAAGCAUUACUAACAGCACGCCGCGCCUGCUAGGAAGAAGUCGCACUCCAUGGCACCGCACUCUACACCUUCAUCAGAUCCAAUGGGCUCCGUGCCCUUGGGCACUGGCACUUCGGCGGCUCCUGGGCCUGCCGCUGUGUUCCCCGCCGUUUCGGUCAAGGAGUUGACCGAGUUUAUGCCCCAGAUCGGCCUCAACCUGUCGCCGGAUGAAAUCGCCAACCCCAGUGCUACAACCGCGCACAAAGUGUUCAUUGCCUUUUUGCAGGCGCUAAGCGGCAUGGACGAGGAGACGGUUAGCAGGCAGAAGACCAGGGCUUUGGGUCAGAUGGAGUACAAGGAAAUGUUCGAGUCAAGCUACUCUCAGCUCGUGCUUUUCAGGGAAAUCAAGGAGAUGCUCUCCUGCGCAAUGAUUCACGACUUUGGCCUCUCAGACAUGACGCGGCCUCAGAAGAACAGGUUCAAGCGACAGCUCUCGGCGCUGCAUAAUUUUAUGCUGCACAGGCACGAUCGCAUCCAAGAGUUUGAUGAGCUUGUCGGGAGGAGUGAGGAUCUGGUCGCUGAGCGGGAUCAGCUCAAGAUGGAGCUUGCACAGAAGGAGCACGAGCUCGCCAAGAUCAAAGAGCAAGAGAAGAUGGAAGUACCAGAAGUGGAGGCCGUGCUUGCACACAACAUGUCACUACAGGAGACGCUUGAACGCCUGAAGAUCGCACAAGAGAAGGGAAUGCGUGAGCUUGAGCACUUACUGGAGACAAAGGACGCCUACGAGAAGGAACGCAUUGCGAUCGAAGAGCGGAUCCACGAAUUAAUAACAGAUGUGGAGAGGCUGAAGCAGAGGAUCCGACAGAGCCCCGACGAGUUGAUGAAGAAGGUCAAGAAUGUUGAGGGGAAGCUGGGCAAGGCGAAGUUGGAGCUGGAGGAGAAGGAGAGGAUCCUCAAGAGUCAGACCAAGAAGAGGCAUGGUAUGCUCAUCAUUGAGGAAGAAUUGAAAGCGCUCAUGACUGCGAUGACAUCGGUGCAAGCCGAGCUCCAACGCACGCGCAAGGAGGCUUCAUCGCUAGAUGAGCUGUCGACGCUCAUCACAUCAAAUGAGUCAGAGCUCUCUGAGCUGACGUUCCAGCACAAGCAGAUGCAGCAAAAGAUCUCGGUGGACACUGCGCGCGCGGAGCGUUUGCGGGCAGCGCUGGAGCAGAAGAGGGACAUGUGGAAGCGCAGGAACGAGGAGCUUGGCGCAGUCGUCCAGGAGAAGCAGGCGCUCAAGAAGGGUCUUUUCAAGGAGGCUGGCGAGAAGGACAGGCUGUGCAAGGAGGUCGAGAGGGAGAUUGAAGAGAUCCAUCUCCAGCACCGCGCGCAGAUCCUCAAGAUGCAAGAAGAGAAGGAGAGCUUAUCAAGGCUGGCAGACUCGUACAUGACAGCUAUCGGACAGAGCCUUGGGAUUGCUGUCUAGAAACGAAUCACACCCCUACCACUUCGCUCCAACCUGUGCGGCUCUUUCUCUCGACUGUUCUUUAUUGUCAUGAUCCGUGUAAUUGUAUGUUACCUUGUGAUAUGAUUCGCGUUCCCUCCC